UGAAGUGGGUCAGAGGCACACGUUUUGAGCAGGCAAAUCCAUGUGCCCACAUGGAUAGAGAGAAAUAGAGAAGAAGAAGAUGAUGAAUCAAUAAAAACCUCAAACCCUAAAAAAUUCAUUUUUUUUUUUAAUUUCAAUUUCAAUUUUGAUCAAUCAAUCAAAUAUCCAUAGAUUGCAAGAUGAAGGAAAGCAGUGAUGGAUUUGUUAGAGCGGAUCAGAUUGAUCUGAAAAGCAUAGAUGAACAGCUUGAGAGACAUCUCAACAAAGUGUUGACUAUUGACAAGAAAAAGCGCGUUGAAGAUGAAGAUUCUACUGCUUCUAAUGUUUUUGAUCAUGCUCGAGUUCAUACCAGCAGCGCUGGUACUUCUCCUAAGGCUGCUAAGUUCAAAACGAACUUCAAGAAGCAGAAGCAGGAUUGGGAAAUUGAGCCUUCUAAGCUUAUUAUCAAAAGUGUUAUUGCUCGGGGGACUUUUGGGACGGUGCAUCGUGGUGUCUAUGAUACUCAAGAUGUUGCUGUUAAAUUGCUUGACUGGGGUGAAGAAGGCCAAAGGACAGAAGCUGAGGUUUCUUCACUAAGGGCGGCGUUUAUACAGGAAGUUGCUGUUUGGCAUAAACUUGAUCAUCCCAAUGUUACAAAGUUCAUAGGAGCCACAAUGGGAUCUGCAGAAUUGCAGAUACAAACCGAUACUGGUCUAAUUGGCAUGCCAAGCAAUGUCUGCUGUGUUGUUGUGGAGUAUCUUGCUGGAGGUACUCUGAAAUCAUACCUGAUAAAAAACAGGAGGAGGAAAUUAGCUUUUAAGGUUGUCAUCCAGCUGGCGCUUGAUUUAGCAAGAGGGCUUAGUUAUCUUCACUCUCAGAAGAUUGUCCACAGAGAUGUGAAGACAGAGAACAUGCUGCUGGAUAAGACUCGCACAGUGAAAAUUGCUGAUUUUGGUGUUGCACGAGUUGAGGCAUCAAAUCCUAAUGAUAUGACUGGGGAGACUGGAACUCUUGGUUAUAUGGCUCCUGAGGUUUUAAAUGGAAACCCAUACAACAGGAAAUGUGAUGUGUACAGUUUUGGAAUCUGUUUAUGGGAGACAUAUUGUUGUGACAUGCCAUAUCCCGACCUUAGUUUCUCAGAAAUUACUUCAGCUGUUGUUCGCCAGAAUUUGAGACCAGAAAUGCCAAGAUGCUGCCCAAGUUCUCUUGCAAAUGUAAUGAGGAAAUGCUGGGAUGCCAGUCCUGAUAAGCGGCCAGAGAUGGAGGAGGUUGUCUCCAUGCUGGAGGCCAUCGACACAUCCAAAGGUGGGGGCAUGAUCCCCGGUGAUCAGCAGCAGGGUUGUUUAUGCUUCCGUAAGCAUAGAGGGCCAUGAAGUUCUAUUCUUUUUAGUCGACAACAAACCAUUUGGUUUUAGUGGUUUUUCACUAUUUGAAGAAUCAAAUUUGUAUCUAUGGUGAGAAUACAGAAAUUGGAUACUGUAAUGAGAUGAGAAAAAUACACAGUAGCAGGUAUAGGUUGAAGGAGCUGGUACCUCUGAUUUUCUUUUACUCUUACCUUUUUCUCCACCUUGGUUUGAGUUUUGUGGGUAGGGGUAUUAAUUUCAGCCUAUGUUUCCUCCUACCUGAAUCUACAUUAUACUUAUAUAUUACAUUAUACUGUUGCAAACUUGCAAUCAUAUUUAUGUGAUUAAAUUGGAUCAA